AUGAUGCGCUUCGGUUGCUCGCAGCUGGUCAUUGCCCGUAUGGACCCUUUGGUCAAUCCCGGUGUUGCCCUCUCCCCCCACGUUCACCAAGUAGUGGGGGGAAACUCCUUCAAUAUUACCAUGGUCCCAGCCACGCACGACCUCGUUCGGGACUCGACCUGCACCAGCUGCACUUUCUCAGAGGAUUUCUCCAACUACUGGACCGCCGUCCUGUACUUCCGCGCCCGCAACGGCACCUACAAGCGCGUGCGCCAGUUCCCCAACGUCGGCCUGCGCACCGACGGCGGCAUCACCGUCUACUACAUCCCUCCCUACGAUGGCAAGACCACCGUGACUGCCUUCAAGCCCGGCUUCCGCAUGCUUGUUGGCGAUGCUGGACUGCGAUCGGCCGAGGGCAUGCAGAGGCAGAUCUGCCACCGCUGCCUGGGCGCCGAGUACAACCAAGGCGGCGCCCCCUGCACGGGAAGCGACUCGAAGGAGCUGCCCAAGCACUUCUGCGACGGCGGCAUCCGCACGACCAUCACCUUCCCUACCUGUUGGGACGGCAAGAACAUCGACAGCCCCGACCACAAGAGCCACGUCGCCUACCCCAAAUCCGGCAGCUUCGAGACGACGGGGCCAUGCCCGGACACCCACCCUGUUAGGCUUCCUCAGCUCAUGUAUGAGGUUAUGUGGGAUACCAGGGAGUUCAACAGCAAGGACCUCUGGCCGGAGGAUGGCUCGCAGCCCUUCGUCUGGAGCACUGGUGACUCCGUCGGAUACUCCCAGCACGGAGACUACAUGUUCGGCUGGAAGGGCGACUCGCUGCAGCGGGCCCUCAACGCCCGCUGCGGCAACGCCGUCUGCAAGGAGCUCCGCACGCAGACGUCGGAGGAGGCCAUGAAGUGCACGCUGCCUCAGGACGUUCCUGAGGACGUGGACGGAUGUAAGUGGAUUCCCGAGCCAAAUAUUUUAGAUCCGGACAAGGCAGGGGCUGUGCUAAUGGAUUCUCGUUCAGGGCUGGACGCAAUCCCCGGGAUGGCUUAG